AUGAUCUCUCUGAACCUCACUGUGCCGUUAGCGGUGGACUUUAAUGAAGCUGCAGAUUAUUUCAUUUUUAUAAUCAAUCUACUAACUGCCACUAGUUCUGUUCUCAUGGCUGGCUCGGUUCUUUUGGGCAUUAUUUGUACAAAGCCACUUCGAAAUCAAAACAGGUUUAUUUUCAUGCUGAACACCAGUAUAAGUGACACACUGUCAGGGGUAGGUGGUUACUACAUCGGUCUGUUUGAUGUGCGUGAAGGCUAUCCGUCAAAGAACGGUACCUAUUACAUAGUGCCUUCGCUACUGGGUGUCAACAUUUGGACCAUCUUGUUUUCACAGGUGGACCGAUUCUUUGCGGUAGCUUAUCCUUAUAUUUACAAUCGUUUUGUAACUAGAACUGUAGUUAUAGGAGUUUGCGUUUUCUGCUGGUUUUACACUUACUUAAUAUUAACGGUUCAGAACCUCCUCACCGUUGACACUGCAGCAAAAUUGAGCGCUUACGGCACUCUGUUGUUCCAGGCAAUAAUAAUCGCGAAAGUGCUGAUGACCGUGAAACUGUACCUCAUCGCUAAAUACCAGAUUGCUCGGGAGCCGCCGGGUCCAGAGAGAGACAGCAAGAAAGAGUCCCUGAGACUCAUCAUCGUGGUGGUAGUCUGCUUCCUGGGGCUCUGGAGUCCUGCCUUUUACUACGUUAUCGUGGUUCGAAUGACUGGGUCAACAUCUGUGUUCACAAACAACGCCAGCGACCCCUUUAGUGUGAUUUUAAGAUUCACUUCAACCUGUACCCCCGGACUGUACAUCUGGGGGAGCCCCGCUCUCAGGGAGGCUGUGCUGAAGACGGUGUGGGGGAGAGUCUGUCCUCCACUGAGAAAAAGGUAG